AUGUCCAACCGAACCACCAUGACCGAGUUCCUUCUUCUAGGAUUCUCUGAUGUUCGGGAGCUGCAGAUUUUGCAUUUUGUGGGGUUUCUAGUGAUGUACUUGGCAGCCCUGGUGGGGAAUCUUCUUAUCUUCAUAGCCAUCGCUUUCGACCACCACCUUCACACCCCCAUGUACUUCUUCCUGAUGAAUCUGUCCAUCCUAGACCUUGGCUCCAUCUCUGUCACCGUCCCCAAAUCCAUAGCCAACUCCCUCAUGAACACCAGGUCCAUUUCCUAUGCUGGAUGUGUUGCCCAAGUGUUUUUCCUUGUCUCCUUCGUGACAGCUGAUUUUUCCCUUCUCAUUGUCAUGGCGUACGACCGAUAUGUUGCCAUCUGCCAACCACUGCACUAUGACACAAUGAUGAACAACAGAGCUUGUGUCCAAAUGGCAACUGGUGCCUGGAUCAGUGGGAUUCUCUACUCUGUGCUGCACACCUUCUGUCGAGGCAACAUGGUGGAUCAGUUCUUCUGUGAAAUCCCCCAGCUGCUGAAGCUCACCUGCUCUGACUCAUAUCUGAGUGAAGUUGGGGUUCUUGCCUUUAGUGUGUGUUUAGUCUUAGGCUGCUUUGUUUUUAUGAUCGUGUCAUAUGUUCAGAUCUUCAAAUCUGUGCUCAGAAUCCCCUCUGAGCAGGGACGACAUAAAGCCUUCUCCACCUGCCUUCCUCACCUCAUUGUGGUCUCCUUGUUUGUUUGCACUUGCAUCUUUGCCUAUAUGAAACCCACCUCUAGCUCCACAUCUGCUCUGGAUCUUGUGGCGGCUGUUCUUUAUUCCGUAUUGCCACCAAUCGUAAAUCCAAUUAUCUACAGCAUGAGGAACAAAGAGAUCAAAGCUGCCCUGAGGAGACUGACUGGGUGUAGGUAA